CGCCCAUGGAGAACGGUGUGCCCCGAGAGACCGGGGCUGCCCAGGCCUCUUCGGAAGGGGGCAGAGUUGCCCCGGCACAGGGUGGCGGUGCCGCGGCAAACGCCCCCCACCCUCCACGAGUGCGGCCCAGGCUCGUGUUCCACACCCAGCUGGCCCAUGGCAGCCCCACGGCCAAGAUAGAAGGCUUCACCAACGUCAAGGAGCUGUACGCCAAAAUUGCAGAGGUCUUCAACAUCUCUCCGACAGAGAUCCUCUUCUGCACCCUCAACACCCACAAAGUGGACAUGCUGAAACUCCUGGGGGGCCAGAUCGGUUUGGAGGACUUCAUUUUUGCCCAUGUCCGUGGCGAGACCAAAGAGGUGGAGGUGACUAAGACAGAAGAUGCUCUGGGGCUGACCAUCACCGACAAUGGGGCAGGAUACGCCUUUAUCAAGCGUAUCAAAGAAGGCAGCAUCAUCAACAGAAUUCCAACCGUAUGCGUCGGAGACAGCAUCGAGGCCAUCAACGACCAAACCAUCGUGGGGUGCCGCCAUUACGAAGUUGCCAAGAUGUUACGCGAGAUGCCCAAGGCCCAGCCUUUCACCGUGCGCCUCGUUCAGCCCAAACGCGCCUUUGACAUGAUCAGCCAGCGGACGCGAAGCACCAAGAACCCCAGUGAGGGAAAAGUGACAAGCGGUCGGGAAACGCUGAGGCUAAGGGCAAAAGGCACAGCCACCGUGGAAGAGGCGCCCAGCGAGUUUGAGGAGGAAGCUGCUCGCAAAGUGGACGAACUUCUGGAAAGCUACAUGGGCAUUCGUGAUGUGGAACUUGCAUCGACGAUGGUGGAGAUGGCCAAGGAGGUGCCGGGCCCUGAAGAAUUUUCCCGGGGCCUUGAUUCGCUGCUGGGUGAAUUUGCAUUUCCAGACGAGUUUGUGGUAGAAGUGUGGACAGCUAUCUGUGAAGCCAAGGGGUGCUCCAAGUAGCAGGCAUACAGUGGGCUUACGGAAGGUAGUCUGCCUUGAUCAGCUACUCGCCCUCCACUUUUCCUCCUCUGCCUGGCCCUGGAAUUCCAGCGUCUCCCAACCAAUUCCUGUUUUCCCAAUCAUAGAGUUGGAAGACACCACAAGGGCCAUCAAGCCCAGCCCCCUCUUUGGGUUCUGUUUCAGGGUUGCAGUCGGAAGUUCAAACUACCCCUAAAGAGCAAACUAGGAUUUUAGGAUUUGGCCAGGUUUCAAAAAAGGGUGAAGCGUCAUUCCUGCCGUAGCCCUUUUCAAGCAUCCCAGCAUCAGAUGCUGAGGCCUUGCGAGCAAAGCCUUAAGGAGACUGACCUGGAGUAGGAAAGGUUCCAUUUCAGGACCUGGGACAGCUCCCAGAGAAGGCAGAAGUUGCUCCCAGUUUAACUGGAGCUUAGUUGAACACCUCAACAGCCAAGCCUGCAGCUGCACACCCAAUGCCCACCCUUCAGCGUGGACUCAGCAGGAAUCUGAAAGGGUGCCAUUUACAGCCGCAUAAUCCAACAUUAGGGGUGGGCACCAACAUACGUGCAAAUUAGGACUGAUUGGAAUUUCAUUUCCCAUAGCUUAAGGCUGGUGUCUCCCAUGCCCUCACUCCUGCUGAGUCUGCAGCAUAUUUGAGAGACCCGCUGACCAGGAAAUCCAAUGCUGAUCCGGUGUUUUGCCCUGCCCUGUAUGUUGUAGGUGGGUUCCGACCUCCCCCUGCCCCUUUUGAACUGCUGCCUGUAUUCAGUAUAUAUUUAUUCAAUUAAAUGUACA